AAAUAAACCCCGGGAACCUAAUAAAAUGCAAUGUUUCAUCGACUUUAAUCUAAUCUUAUGAAAUCACUUUGCUUAUUUGAUAAAGGCGCAAUUAUAAAUUUUAUGAUAGCGCAUAGGUAUCUUGAUUACAAGAAACCGAUCAUUGUUUUCUAUUUAAUAUUUUAUUAAGUGAACACUUUCUGAUAGUAUUGUAAAUAAACAUGUUCUUUUAAAAAUGAAUCAAUACAUCAGUUGUAAAGUUGUGGUAGGGUUAAUCCUUCUUUCAUGCAGCGUUUUAAUAGUAGCUCAGUCUCCAAGCCGCGCCUGUUUCCAGUUUACUUGGCUCGGUCCCCAGUUCAACAAUGAGAGUGUGUUCAUGAACGCUACCUGUCAGGAUGCAGUAAGGCUUGCGAGUGGUGUACCCUGCAGGGAACCACUAGUAGUGUCAGAAAAUGGUACCUGGCCUAAUAUGAAUUACAUUUGGACCAACCACAGACAACAGGCGACUUGCGUUCCUGCCGCUAACGACGUCUGCGCAACUUUUACAUACUAUUUCAAUGGACAUGUUGAAAACGCAACAUACAUGUGCACUCGGGCCGUAGACAGCUCUGGCAAUGCGAUUAGUAGAGGUUGCUUUGAACAAAGGAAUGGCAGUUUCGUGACACGUGCCUGCUUCUGUCAAUCUGUCGAAGGAGGCCUGCCUUGCAACAAUGCGACGCUUAGCAACAUUUUGUCGUUCACAGCCUUUUUACUGGCCAUGACAGUAACAAUUAUAAAAAGUUGAUGAGUAAUUUAUACUUCCUACUCGUACAUAGUAAUGACAUAUUCUUUUUGUAUAAAUUAUUUAAUUAAAGUGAUACUUUAAAAUAUAUCUUUUGUUUUAUUAUGAGGAUUAUAAAAAUGAAAAAAAUAUUAUACAUAAACCGCAUAGGUUGCACUGAUUCUGCGAUAAGUAGAUAAAACUGGUAAUAUGCAAUACAUAUCUGAAAUAACGAAGGUAACACAACCCGAGACAUUAUAGAAAAUUUAUUUUUCUGCAU